AUGUCCAAGCCCGAGGAUCUUCCCCCUAUGGAGUACCGCUUCCUGGGCCGUUCCGGUCUCCAGGUCAGCGCCAUCAGCUUGGGAGGCUGGUUGACCUACGGUGGCCAUGUCGACGCUGAGGGCACAUUCGCCUGCAUGAAGGCCGCCUACGACUCCGGCGUGAACUUCUUCGACAGCGCAGAGGGCUACGCCAACGGCGAGAGCGAGAUUGUCAUGGGCCAGGCCAUCAAGAAGUACGGCUGGAAGCGCAACGACCUCGUCAUCUCCACCAAGAUCUACUGGGGCGGAGCUUUCGGCGACAACAUCGUGAACAACAAGGGACUGUCCCGCAAGCACGUCAUCGAGGCUAUGGACGCCUGCCUUGAGCGUCUCGACCUCAAGUACGUCGACCUCGUCUACGCUCACCGCCCUGAUCGUCAGACCCCCAUGGAGGAGACCGUCCGUGCCUUCAACCACCUCAUCAACACCGGCAAGGCCCUGUACUGGGGAACCUCAGAAUGGAGCGCCGACGAGAUCGCCCAGGCCUGGCGCUACGCCGACAAGCUGAACCUCGUCGGCCCCGUCAUGGAGCAGCCCUCGUACAGCAUGCUCGACCGCAAGAAGGUUGAGCACGAGUUCGCCCACCUCUACCGCGAGGUCGGCACCGGUCUGACCGUCUUCUCCCCGCUGCGCCAGGGCAUCCUCUCGGGCAAGUACAAGAACGGCAUCCCCGAGAACUCCCGCUUCGGCUCCGAGAACAUUGGCUUCAUCAAGGACUUCUGGAAGCGCGAGAACGCAAAGAAGCAGUUCCAGGACCUCGUCGACAAGGCCAACAAGAUCGAGCCCAUCGCCGAGAAGCUCGGCAUCAAGAUGAGCACCCUCGCCCUCGCCUGGGUCCUCAAGAAUAAGAACGUCAGCUCCGCCAUCAUUGGCGCCAGCAGCCCCGAGCAGGUCUUCGAGAACAUGUACGCCAUUGGCGCCCAGGAGAAGCUUACGCCCGAGAUCAUGAAGGAGAUUGACGAGGCGCUCGACAACAAGCCAGACGCCAUUAUCCCCAGAUUCUAA